CUCCUUCAAUCUCUCUAUCAGUUCUACCCUCGAUCUCUCUCUCCCUCUCUGCCUGGUCCCCCCUCACUCCCUCUCCUGGGAAACAUGUGGGACCUCACCAGAGAUCACCUGCCACUCCACCUGACCUCGCUGGCCUGUCGCUAUGGAAACAUCUACCGCCUGAACUGUGGUAACACCACCAUGGUUGUUCUCAGCAGCUCUGACAUCAUCAGGGAAGCUCUGGUGAAGAAAUGGUCUGAUUUUGCUGGGAGACCACAUUCUUAUACUGGUGACAUUGUGUCGGGUGGAGGUCGAUCUGUCUCUCUGGGCGACUACACUGAGGAGUGGAGGACUCAUCGACGGCUGGCCCAUAGUGCUCUACAGCGCUGUGUCACUGAGUCUCUACAAUCUGUCAUUCAAGAGCAAGCAGUUCAUCUCAGACAAGUGCUGUUGGACUAUAAAGAGACUCCAGUGGACCUGUCUGAGGAUUUCACUGUGGCAGCCAGUAACGUCAUCACCACCCUGGCCUUUGGCAAAGCCUAUGAGAAGAGCUCGGUGGAGCUGCAGAGGCUUCAGGGUUGUCUGAAUGAGAUUGUGUCUCUCUGGGGUUCUCCAUGGAUCUCUGCCCUGGACUCCUUCCCCCUGCUCAGGAAAUUGCCAAAUCCUCCAUUUUCACGCCUCCUGAAAGAGGUGGCCCGGCGAGAUGACCUGAUCAGAGGGCAUAUCGAGGAGUUUAAGACAAGAGGCAGUGAGAACAGCAUCACCCUAACAGCCUCUCUCCUGAAAUGCCUGGAACCAGCUGACACAAAAACCAAGGCGACGGCGCUGACGCAUGUCCACGUACACAUGGCUACAGUAGAUCUGCUCAUCGGAGGCACUGAGACCACGGCCGCCUGGCUCUGCUGGGCUGUGGCCUUCCUGUUACACAGACCUGAGGUCCAGAACAGAGUGUAUGAGGAGUUGUGUACGGUCUUGGAGGGGCGGUACCCACAGUACUCUGACAGACACAGACUGCCGUACCUGCGUGCUGUCAUCAGUGAGGUGCUAAGACUCAGGCCUGUGGCUCCGCUGGCAGUGCCACACAAAGCCAUCAGACACAGCAGUAUUGCAGGUUAUUUCAUUCCAAAGAACACAGUGAUCAUCCCCAACCUGUUCGGAGCUCAUCACGACCCUACUGUGUGGAAGGACCCGUUCAGCUUCAGACCUGAGCGGUUUUUGGAGGGGAACGGUGCGUCCCUGCGCUCUCUCCUGCCAUUCGGAGGAGGGGCGCGGCUCUGUCUGGGAGAAUCAGUGGCGAAGAUGGAACUCUUCUUAUUCACAGCCUAUCUGCUCCGAGACUUUCAGUUCCAGACAGCCGACGGAUCGCUGCCCGACCUCCGCGGGGUGGCUACCGUGGUCCUCAAAGCAAAGCCUUUCAAAGUCAUAGCACGUCCACGGGCUGAAUAA